UAAUACAAAAUAAUUUGCGGUACUUCUUCCCAAAACUUCACUCACUAAGACUGGAUUCUGUGAUAAUCAGAAGUACACUUGGCAUGCAUAGGAAGUUUGCAUAGCCUGCACAUGUACACAGUUUGACUCUUGCAUUGCCUACAUCUUCGACUGUUUUCUGGCUCACUCUUUGAUAUAGCAUGACCUAUGUUGCCAUGUUUUUAUAUAUUGAUACUUGCUCUAGAUGCAGCACGCUAUUUUGGUCUUCUUGGAUUCCUGGAUGACGUUCCAUACUUCAAAAGCAGCAAUAGCCGAGGAAGGACGCGGCAGCGAAGACGUACAAGAAGAACAAGAUCAGAAAAAAGAGAAAAAAAGAAGAAAAAGAAGAAGAAAAAGAAGAAGAAAAAGAAGAAGAAAAGAAGAAAUGGGGAAGAAAGAAGAAAAAGAAAAUCAAGGAGAAAAAAAUCAAGAAGAAGAAGCAGAAAAAGAAGUAAAAGAAGAAAAAAAAGUACCGGAUAUGGAUUUGUUUGGAAUACUAAUUUUAAUAUUUUCCCAUUGCCACGAUACCAAAUGAAAAUAUUAGUCUGAAGAUCGGAGAUGUGAACGCUUGAGUUACGAAAUACGAAAUGCCAACUUCAAGAAAUAAUAUUUUUUGUUGAACUAUAUAUUACAUCAUUAUAUCAUGGGCUUCUAAUUAGAAGAAAUUCCCUCAACAAAAAUUACAUGCAAACUAUUCAUCGACACGGGGCUAUAGUAGAAAGCACUUGCCCAAGGUACCACACAGUGAGGAUAAAAACUCGUGGUAGAGAAAAAACCUUGUAGUCACACAGCUAUACCGGCGUCGGUAUGUGCACAUAUGUAUAAGGUGAAAAAAAUGUAUGAGGUAAAAAAAUGUAUAAGGUGAAAAAAAACAAAAACACCAAGAAAGACGGGAUAAGUUCACGAUCAAAAUUAUUUUUUUCUGCUCAAAGAAAUGGAAAUAGUCAAUUGGUGUGACAUUUCGGAUGGUUCUCUCGAAGAAGAGUGUAGAGACGAAAAAUAGCAAGAAAGAUGAAGAAAAACCGAAAGUAUAAAUAAAUAGGGCAUUUCGCGUGUAAAAAAGUCACGUGAAGUGCUGGCCGUUGACGUAUAUGUUA